AACCCAGUUCGAAUGGGAUGUUGCCGUCGCCGAUAAACCCAUAAACCCCACAACGAGAAGCAACGGCGGCUGAAUUCGCCGGAGACCGGAAAUUUGCUUUUGCUGUUGCAGUUGCAGACCUUUCGGAAGCCGAACCUCAAAUGCGUUCCAAAUCCAAAAAUCUAAGCUCACUAUUCCGCUCCGCCAUUGCAGCUUCAAAACCUUCACAGAACCUCCAAGAUGCGGCUCUCAAAGACUACGUCUCCACCAUCGACCCCUUUUCUCCCAGCACCUCUCUCUCUAAAGCCAUCGAUUAUCGAUAUAUCAAGUCCGCGAACUCCAAGAAGCCUCCCCAGAAGCUCAAUUCUGAUGUUCAAUUUCCUGCUCUCGUUUUGGAAGAGCCUUCAGGGUCUGGGGAUUCUAUGAAGCAUCUAACCAAGGCAAUAUCUUCCAUUCUGUGCGAAGGCUCAUCUGUCAGCUCUCGUGAUGCACAAGGAAAUGGUGAUGAUAAAUCUGUGGAAAAAUUAUUAGACAUACCGUGGUUUUCCAAGAUAUCCAAUCAUAGCAUAUCAUUUCGUCGCAGAGAGAUAUCCCGUGAAAGAAAGCAAAAAUGGAUUUUCAAAAGUAGCCAAAGCAACAGAUUUAAUCGAUUAGUUAGAAAUUGCGCACAGAAGCUGGGGACUGAUGUUACUCUUGAAGUUUUUGGUAAAUUGGGACGAGAAACUGGUGUGAAAGAAUACAAUGCACUUAUGGAUAUAUGUUUAGAGAAAGCUAAGACAAGUAAAGACGUGGAGAUUGUAUUGGAACAGAUUGCCAAGGUUUAUCAGCUAUUUAAAUUAAUGAAAGAACAGGGUUUUCAAAUAGAAGAUGAAACUUAUGGUCCAGUUCUUACAUAUUUAAUUGAAAUGGACAUGAUGGAAGAAUUUGAUUUUUUCUGUGAGGCUAUAAAAGAUGGACAUCCAGGCUCGUAUUCUAGGUUGGGUUAUUAUGAGAUGUUGUUCUAUGUUAAAAUCAACGAUGGAGAAAAAGUUCAGGAGCUUUGUAAGCAUGCUGCAACUAAUGAUGGAGUGGACAAAAAAUUAUUUGUUGGCCCUCUGCGAAUGUGAGCAGAAGAACGAAAUUCUGCAGAUGCUGGAAAUUAUAGACAUCACAAAGCUUUCAUCAACUGUACUCGCAGUUAACAUCUUCGAAUGCUUAGCGAGGCUAUCACUUCAUUCUUUUGCAGAGAAGUUGCUUGUGGCAUUUAAAACUUCUGGGACUGGAGCAGGGAAUAUCCCAUACCUUAUUUAUAGUUAUGCUGUCAGCAUUCCAAAUUUAGCGAUUGAGGAUAUGGUUUCAAAAUUCAAGAGCUUGCACUCCAAGUUGGACAUCAAGCCCUCAUCUACUUCAUAUGAGAAGCUCAUUCAUUAUUGUUGUGGUUCAUUUAAGGUGCACAUGGCUCUUGAUAUAGCAAACGAAAUGUGUGAUGCAGAUUUCACACCAUCAACUGACGUCUUGCACUCCAUUUUACAUGCCAUGGAUGAAGGUUGUGAGUUUAAUUUGGUUCAUCAAGUUUAUUCACUCAUAUGUCGCCACAACCUAAAGCCAGAUUGUGAAACCUUCAGGAGCAUAAUAAGUCUGCGUGUGAAGAUGAAAGAUUUUAAUGGUGCCUUUGACAUGCUUAAGGAAUCGGAGAAAAUGAACUUAACUCCUACUUCUAGCAUGUACAAUGCUAUCAUGGCUGGAUACUUUCGAGAGAAGAACACUUCUGGUGCAUUGAUGGUUCUCAAGCAAAUGGAACUUGCAGAUGUAAAACCAGAUUCUAAAACUUUCAGCUAUUUGAUCAGCAACUGUGAAUGCGAGGAGGAUAUUAUCAAGUACUAUGAAGAACUGAAGAGUUCUGGAAUUCAAGCGACGAAGCAAAUUUUCAUGGCGCUUAUAAACGCAUAUGCUGCUCAUGGACAAUUUGAGAAGGCAAAACAGGUUAUAUUGGAUGAAGGAAUACCGAUGAAGAACUUGAAUGAAAUUAGAAGUGUGCUAGUCUCUGCUCUUGCUUCAAAUGGGCAAACGUCUGAUGCCCUGAAAGUUUAUGAUGAAAUGAAAGAAGCUGGAUGUGAUUUGGAGCCAAAAGCUGCCAUAAGUCUUAUUGAGCACUAUCCACUUGAUGGGCCAUUGAGUAGAAUGCUUCAGUUACUUGCUGAAUUGAAUGGUCUUGACGACUGGAUAGAUUGUUGCCGCAGAAUUAUCUUAUUUUCCUUAAAACACAACGAUUUAAGUUCAACUCUUGAUCUGUUGAAGCAGCUCAGUUACAGAUGCUGUAACGAUGAAGUGAUUAUGAGAGUCGCUUUUGAUGAGGUUUUCUCCUUCAUAACGGAGUCUGAUCCUACAUAUUUAGAAACAGGCCUGCUAUUGCUUCAAUUCAUAAAGAAGGAUCUCGGUCUAUCGCCUCCGCGGAGAUGCCUCGACUUUCUCCUUGGUGCUUGUGCUAAUGCCAAAGAUGCAGAGAGCUCUCGCCUGGUCUGGAAAGAAUAUAAAAAAGCUGGCCUCCCUUACAAUACCAUUAGUUUCUUGAGGAUGUAUCAAGCUCUUUUGGCAUCUGGGGACCAAACAUCUGCAAAAGUUUUGCUCGAUAAAAUCCCGAAAGACGAUACUCAUGUUUGCUCCAUAAUCAAAGAAUGUGAAAUGGUUUAUGGUGCAUCUUCCUCAGUAAAGAAGACAAAAGGAAGAAACAAGAAAAAGAUGCUGAAAAUGAGCAGGACAGAAACGAGAAGUUAAUAGAGGAGUAGGAUUGGAAUGAAUUAACUUGCAUUUUUGGCUUCUAGGAGUAGGUAAAGAAGGGCUAGAGAUGAAUGUGAUGGCCUUUAUUUCCUGACUGAAGAACGUGAAAUAAAAUUAACUUUGUAUUCAUUUUUUCUUUUUGUUCAAACUGGAGUAGGAAAUAGAAUUAUCGGCUUUCGAGAUGGUAGUAGAUGUCUUUUUCACUGAACUACGGUCGAACUGGCACCUUGUAUUGAUUCAACUAUUUUAAUAACAAGAAUCAAAUUUAGUUUUAUAA